AUGUUCAUUGCACCGCCCAUGUACGAUAUAUAUAUAUCAAGCAUGCACAAACGUAACGUGGGAUGAACUCAACCGUGCCGGAAAGUUUACCGUUGCACAGCCUCAGGCCUAUCUCAUGGAAGGAACUUCGCGAGCGCGAAGGAGCCUGACAGCUCCGAUCUUCCAUUCGUCUGAUAUAUGCAGCUGUCAGCGGAUUAGGCCACUGAUAGUAGCUUAUUCGGUCCGCUGUACUAACAAAAGCUAGAAGCUAUUUAUCUCCUCUAUUAUAGGAAUCAUCUUUAGCCCCCCACCUCAACCUACUAUCCUACCAUGCCCAAAGAGGUUGUGUACACUCUAGAUGCCGUCCCUCCCCUCAAAACUUUCUCCCAGGCCAUCAUAUCUAAAGGGUUCGUGUAUGUCUCAGGCAACAUUGGAUGUACAAACGAUUUCCAGAUCGUUGAGGGCGGAGUGCAGGGGCAAACAGUUGCUGCCCUUGAAAGUAUUCGCAAGAUUCUCCAUGCUGCAGGAUCUGGACUCCACCACGUUGUGAAGGCGAACAUCUAUCUCACUAAUCUGGCGGCGGAUUUUUCUGAAAUGAACAGAGCAUAUCUGACGUUCUUCGAUGAACAGGCGAUGCCUGCGAGGACUUGCAUCGGCGUAGCUUCUCUUCCGUUGGGCGCAAGCGUUGAGAUCGAGUGUGUAGCAGAACUUCCAGACGCCUGAUAUCCCAAGUAAUGCAUGAAGAUAAUGCAAGAAAGUUGUACAAUAGUGCGUUUCUACUCGUGAUUUAUUGCAAGUUAUUGCAAAGGACUAUGUAAACUCUGCGCUUCUGUACUGAAUAUAUAGGCAAUACAUUAUGUUAGCAAUCAGCAAAAUAACAAUAGUCAAUCGAAUCAAGGUCGUAAUCAAUACUCAUAUAAAGAAGAUACAAUACCAUCAAGAUCGCAGAUCAUCGUCGGGAAUGGACUGCAUAAUUUGUUCUCAUCAUCAUUGCCACCCUGCAUAGCCUGCACGUACGUCAAUCUAGAGUCCCGCAGCCACAGCGCUGCGCCACGCACC